AUGCACGUGGUGGGCGACAGCAUGCUCCUUAUCAACAUGUUAAGAAAUCGUCGGCCGCCUAAGAGCAAGCUGCUAGCUCGCAUGUACACCCAGUGUCAGCGACUUGCCGAUGUGUGCCAGAUCGGCACGUGGAGUCACCAUUUUCGCCAACACAACAAG